GUAGACCUAGAAGUGUCGGAAGAAGCUUUCGAUGCAAACUAUAAUCCUUCCAGCUCUGAGGUCACACUUCCUAUUGCUACAGCUGUAGAAGAAGCCUCAACCGCAGUUAGGUCAGAGUACAUUACGCAGCUUCUUCCAGGAUUGACACAGAACCCUAGUACUCCAUUAUUAGAAUGUUGUCUGAAGGCCAGACAUCUUCAUAGGAUGUGGAGGCAACUCGUUGUUAGGGUGGUCUUCACCCUGGUGGCUUUUCUGAUUCUAGAAUCAGUUGAAGCACAAAACAGGCCAGCGAAUCUUGGUGAUCUCAUAACAAUUAUUCGAUAUCAAAAUUCUCCUUGCAAAGGCAUAUCUGGGGACGAAGGUAUCUGCUUAAGCGAUGCCAAUGAUUGCGAACGUCGUAAGGGAACAAAUAUCGGGACAUGUGCACGUGGAUUAAGUACCUGCUGUUUGU